AUGCAAAUGAAACUAAACAUGAGUUCCACUUGGCACAAGUUGGAUAUCGUGUCAUCCCCAGCACUGAGGGAUUCUUACAAAGAACAAUUUCGUGCACGGACAUAUCUCGACAGUCAUUUCGCUGGAAAAGUUUCUCCUUCCCAAGUAGAAAAAACACAUCGUUUUCUUCAAUCUGAUCUGAUUCAGGGCGAGACCGUGUUGGAUGUGGGCACUGGUCCGAUGAUUCUUAACUCGCUCAUGAUGUCAAGUCGAUUCAAGCACAUCGUGUUGAGCGACUUGGUGGGAGACAACAGGCUGGAACUCAACAAGUGGAUUAACAGGGAUCCAGAUGCCAUUUACUUGACCCCCUUUGCAGAGCAGAUUGCUGCCAUUGAAGGCUAUGGCGACACCAAGAAAGGGGCGAUGGAAAUACUUGAGCGCACACGCUCGGCCAUCCGCAAAGUGGUACCCUGCGAUGUUCUGGAGCCCGGAGUGCUCCCCGUGGAACACAAUGAAACCUUUGACGUAGUUCUUUCCUCCGGAUGCCUGGAUGUGGCUACAGCAGAGCACGAGUCAUAUCGAAGGGCGGUUUGCAAUGUGGCAACCCUAGUCAAACCUGGCGGUCUGCUUGUCAUGUUCGGAAUAGGUGGUGUAAAAGUAUUUCCUGUGGGAAACGCUAAUUUUACUCUUGCGAACCUCACCGAAAAUGUAGUGAAAGAAGCCGUGAGAGAUGCUGGCCUCCAAAUGGAACUAUACCUACCCAAACAAAUUGGGUGUUUAGCGGGAAGUUCAGACGCAUUUAUGUUUAGGCUGGUGGCACGUAAAGCCUGA